AUGGUUUCUCGAAAACUAUCAAUAGCAUUAGUUAUUUUAUUUUUCAGCUAUGAAUCUCAUUCUUCUUCUAAUUUUUCUAGUCCACAAAUUAAAGAAUUUGAUGAUGAGAAAGUUAAUUUCACAGUAUACUAUGAAAGUCUAAGCCACCCUAGUGCAAUUUUCAUUGUGAAGAAUCUUGAAGAAAUAUUCAACAAUGAUCUCAUUGACAUUGUUAAUCUCCAACUAAUCCCUUGGGCUAAUUCUCAUGUCAAUCAACUCAACAAUUCCAUAUCAUGCCAGAAUGGACCGGAUGAAUGUGAGUUGAAUUCUUUAGAAUCAUGUGCCCUUAAUAUUUGGCCCGAUGUGAAUAAACAUUAUGGUUUGAUAUAUUGCUUUGAGUUUCUGGCAAUUGAGGGAAAGAACAAGAUGUGGGCAAACUGUUUUCAUGAUUUGGGUUUGUCUUUGAAGCCUAUUAUGAAUUGCUUUGAUGGAGGAAAUGGAACUGAGCUUGGACUAAAAUAUAUUAAGGAAGCAAAAAAACUAACUCUUCCUCUUUCUUUUGUGCCAUGGGUGGUAGUGAAUAAUCAACCUAUUAAAAAAGAUUAUGCAAAUUUUACCUUCUAUGUCUGCCAGGCUUAUAAAGGUGUUAAUAUUCCAGCAGUUUGCAAAGUUGAUUGA